CAUAGAAAUUCUAUCUGAUUGAGUAAGAUCCAAUCAUAAUCUAUCUGUCAUUUUAAGCAGGGAUGUUUUUACAGAGCCAUGGAGAUUGUGCAAAUUGUAAUAUACGGUGUAUCUUCGCGAUACGAAGACCGUGACGCGUGCACGGCUGCAGGUUGCGGUAGUGGAUGACGUAACGUUUCUUAUCAUACAAGGUCGCUAAAAGUUUAUAUUCACGCUUGCCUGGUGGUUUAUCGCGUGUCGGGCAUAAAUGUAGGUCAGUGUGCUCAUCGUGAAGAUCUCGAGGAUACUCGAGAUCAACUUCGAGAAUGUAUCCUGUUGGUGAAUGAGGAGCGAUCGCACACACGUCAAAAUUUGAGACAUCUUUGACCCAUUGAAAUUCUCCAUAGGGCAACGGUUGACACAUUGCCCAUCCGUACAAAUUAUUGACGUCAAAGUACAUAAGUUAUGAGGAUGGUUUCAAUGGGUCGUACGUCUGCAUGUACUUGUUAUUGGCUCGCGCAUGUCUGCCUGAACAUUGACUGAGGCCACCGCGUAUACCGCGUUCUAUAAACAUUACCAAUGUCAAUGUCAGUAAGCAGUUCGAAAGUGAUGUUGGUGUAUUUUAACAUAGCAUUCCAUGUGUAUCCGGGGAGAGUGUACUAAAAGAGUGCGGGAUCGAGACCAUAACUUUCUAAGCAUUUAUCGCGGAAAUUUUCAAAAAUAUCAGCUAAUAAUAAAACAUCUGUUUUCAAAUAUAGAUCACUAUAUUUACCUAAUGUUUGAAUGGAGAAUCGCUUACAGACAUUCUCGGCGUGUGUGUAAUCGCUCUCGGAUACAGUAUCAGAGGUCAGGGAACUGAAAAAUAAUUCGCGCAGCGGUAAACACAUGUCCUGCAGCUUGUCCACGCAAUCCACGUACUCGUACGGAAAUACACCUUUCGUGUCAAUAAAUCGAAAUCCUCGUCAGACAAGUGUAAAAAUUUGGAACGUACAAUUUUUAAUUUUUCUUUGUUUAGAAACGAUGCCAAUUUUUCGAGACUAGUAUUUAAAAAUUUAUAUGAAUCUAUAAAGCGUAGUUUUAUGUAAUUGUGUGGAUUUAAUUUAUCGGCUGUGUCUAUGACAUGUUUUGUGAAAGAAAUUUACUUUUCUUUCGUGAUGGGGAGUAUGUCGGUCUUCCCUUUGAACGCAGUGGCUAUUUCCUUAAUAAUGAAAUGUGAAUCGUAUCCAGAUAAAUUAUGAAAAAUAAUUGGCAUGUAUGAUACAUUUCGAUAAUUUAGAUUACAAAGAGAAUGUGCUGGACCGCGGUAACGACCGGUCAGGUGAUCGCGCACCCGCGUAUCGUCUGGCAAACGGCUUAUCGCAGAUAUGACACCGCGUCGUGCUACGGUAUGCCUCCAAUUGUUCCUUCGAUAAUGUUUCCAUAGGGACAUUAGUGGAUAAACGAGUUUUAACAUUAUGCGCUAAUUCUUCGUUUUGUUUCGUGAACCACGCAACGCAAUCUUUAUCGCGGCGAAACCUAUACGUAGAUAACGCGUCGUCGUACGAGCAUCGCACGUAGUAUCUGAUGCUGAAUACUUCGUGUUGUUGAUAUGUGUACGACGCUUGCUCUAUAUCAUGUUGCGUCUUCCGUAGCACACACUCAAGGUCCGCGUAGACGAUAAAAGGUACUCGUUCCUUGUGGUUUACAUUUCGGAAAUUCAACCACUUGUCGUCUUCAGCAGACAGUAUGAUGGCGCAGUCGUUCAUCGUCUGGCAGUCCACAUCAUGUGAUUGCAACCUCUCGCAUGAUGAAAAAUAGUUCAAGCACCUGUAAAAAAUAAUGGAAACAUUUUUAAUUACUUUUUUUGCUAGAUCAUAUGAAUUUUUUAAUAUAUUAUACAUACCGAUCGCAAAUUUCUUGUGUUCCUUUUUACUUAGUUGGGAGCUGACGAGGCGGGACAGAUUUUUUAUCCAUGCAAAAUGAUGUAUGCUGUUUUCGCGCAGAUUUUGCAAAUAUAAUAAAUUGACAUGUUUCUCUCUCUUGUUGUUGGAGAACCGCAGCGGAAGAAUCUUUAGCAUUGCCAUUUCUUUUUUAAUUCCAUAGACGUUAAUUGAUACAUUGUUAAGACUGUCAAAUUUUCCAAUGUCCUUUAGUGUAACGGGAAACUCGAUGUCGUCAAACUUUAGAACUGUUGCAUAAUGCGGAUAUAACAACUCUCUAUCACUAUGUCUUCCGACAGGGUGUAGAGCGGCGACCACAGACCACGCGAAGCAUGCAUGUCCUCUGAAUUAACGUUCACUACCGCACGUUUCGUCAUUAUUUCUCGCGGCAAAACGUAACAUCCUGCGUAUAGAGGAUUGUACUUAUUUAUAUUUAGAGUCAAAUUGAGAAUUCGCGACAGCGCCCAUCCGCUAUCACGUUCUUGAAACUCUUCGAGCGACGUUAAUGUGGGCUCGAUAACGCGUCGCUCAUAUUACUCGUCCAAAUCUGACGCUUGAAAUAAUUCACAAUUUUUAAUGUUUAUACUUUUGUUCGCACGUUUAUUACCCGUUACAAACAUGCCGUUAAACGCAGUGUUCACUUUCACACUAUUGUGUUUUUCUAGAGCGUCCCGCACUCGCUCAAGCACUAUACCGCCUGCAUUUUCUAAAAACGUUCGCGGUUCAAUAUAGUUUGUAUUUAUCACCACACCUGUCUGAAUGCGAUUCUCGAACGCUGCAUCUAUUUUCCGCCACACGAGUCUGUCCGCGUUAUUACUAGUGCUCGCGUAAUCACCACCGACGUGCACAAAACGCAUUUGUAAUUGUGUCUUUUCACUCUCAAGUCGCGCGAUCCUCGCAACCAACGAUUGUCUCUGUCCAACGGCGAGCCGGACUGGAUGCUUGACGCGGCUAUGUUCCUCAAGCUGUUGUAUAAAUUCGUCGCAUCGCUGCAACCACAUGAAACACUCGCCCAAGUUAGCGACUCCAUUUGCUUGCUCUAACAGCUCGCGUUCUAUUUGCUCGAAAUGUUCCAUGUUUUUUUAUAAUGUUUUUGACACUUUUUAGCAAUCACAGUUUCGCGUCGCGUUCGGAUCAUCAAAUGUAAUACCAUGUGCUUCCCGACCAGUUAUCACUCGUCACUCGAAUCACUUUCGCGUCGCGUUCGAAUCAUCAAAUGUGAUAUCAUGCGCUUUUCGACCAUUUAUAUAUAUUCUCAUCAUUUCUUUGUUUUAACUGAAGCACUGUCAUAUCAGCAUUAGUACAUUUGCGCUUCACUUUUGCAAGAUUUACAUUUUUUGAAUGCACGAUUUUGAAUGAUCUCAUCAGAAGAUAAGACAAAUGAUUUAUGUACGUGCCUAAAACAUAUUUUGUCACAGCAGCCACACAUCAGCGCUUUUGCAAGAUUCUUCGAAUGUGAUUUUUUUGAACGAUCUCAUCAGAAAAUAUGUAUCAAAUAAUUUGUGUACGUGCCUAAAGCAUAUUUUUACAUCACAGCUGCUAUACAUCGGCGCUGACUUUUGCAAAAUUAACAUUCUUUGAAUGUAUGAUUUUUAAAUGAUCUCAUCAAAAAUAUGAAGAUUAUGGGAUUUGUUCCCACUACUCUUAUUGAGGUAUGUGGAGGGGUGUACAGUAUAAAAAGAGUUUAGGCAUCGGUACCCGUUUGUUACCGGACAGCAAAGGUUUCUGAAACGUUACUGCAAUCGGUGAAAGACGAACUCCUCGAGGAUGAACUAUUACGUUCCGAUCCAGCAAAAUGAAGCGUGUGAUAAACCAACAUUAUCGCAGCCGCGCUAUAUUCCGCGCAUCCUGGGAAGGAGAUAUGCUUUGACUGCUACAGCAUAUAAAUAUUUGGACAUCGGAAUCAGGGUGGAAUCUAUGCCCUGUGUAGAAUUAUUGAUUGGUGAUAACCGAAGUCGCAUAGGUCACCUACACCUGACUUAUGCGAUAUGGAAAACGUUCAUCGAGAGACGUGCGGAUAUUGUGCAACUCAUGCAGGCAGCUGUACCUUCUUCAAGAAUUUCGAUUCAUGAUUUAGUUAUAGAUCUCGUAAAUAUACGUAAAGAAAAUAUUGUAAAGUUAACAUUAUAUAAUACUAGUACGUAUAUGAAACCAUCAACCAUACAAUUCUUAUUAGAACUGGAAGAUUGUGUUGAACAAGUAUGCUAUCAAUUGCAUCAAAAUAUUUAUAUUGUUGGUGAAAAAUAUAAACAAUUUGUUACUAUUUUACGUCAAAAUCAUGUCACUAAUAAAAGUGAUGCUGUAAAGAUAUUACAUGAAAAAUAUGAUAAGACGUGUCUCGUAGAUUGUGAGUUAUUGGCUUAUGCAUCCGACAAUAUUGUAUAAUUGUAUAUGAUGCUUUACAAAACAAAUAAAUAAAAAAAGUCUCAUAGAUUGUGAACUUAUGCAUCAGACAAAUAUUGUAUAUGAUACAUUAUGAAAUAAAUAAAUGAAAAAAUUCAUAAAUAA